AUGCCGUUGUCGUCGUCGUCGUCGCCGAAAGAGGAUUCUUGGAAGCACUUACAGAUGAAGCGCUUGUCUCGGCACUCGGUAGUAAGAUCACCUUUGAGCACGACUUCCAACUCGGUUCUCUUGAGACCUGAUCACCACAGAGCUCCUGAGAAAGUUGAUACUGUAGAGUUGAGCCGAGUCAUACCAACGCAGACACGCGCAGCCCAACACAGAGUCACGCGGAAUGCUCUCAGGCAGUGCCUCGCCAAAAGUCUUUCUCAAGCAUCAGCAGACAAUACAGCACCGUCGCUCCAUCUCGCUUAUGAUGUACAGCUAGAUGCUUUCCAGAUGCGGCAAUCACCAAGCUCUUGUUCACAGGAGAAAAUCGGCAACCAAUCAAUUAUCCGACCACAAGCCUAUCAAGCACUUCGUGUGAUCGGGAGAAUAUGCAAGGAUUGA